UCUCAAUUACUGUACACGUGAGAAACCACAUAAACACGGCCGACUUAGCUCUCUCUCCGACUCGACGAUGGGGUCCCAGGAUACACAAUGAUAUUGUACGGAUAGAAGAGGAAGAAAAAAAUUGUAAAUUUGUUUGUAAAUAUGACACCAAAAUACAAUCUCUGAGAUUCCCUGCAACCGCAGCAAUCAACCCUGAAGCAUAAAACAAGUAUUGAAUAGCAGAGCACCAUCUUGAAGGGGAAAAGAAGUGAGAAUACUGAAAGAGAAAAAACAAAUUAAAAAAGAACGCACAAAGGGAGUUUCAGUGCAUUGAUGUAGAUUAGAUGCUCGGAGGCAUAGAUCUUCUUUAGAGGAAUCGACAUCGCUCGCGAGUUGUCUCGUGGUAUUGAUAAUCAGCUCAGUUCAUCCACCAAGGGAGCUGCAGCGGAAAGGAAGAGGUGUAAGGCAAAGAUUGAAUAUCAGCUGUUUUGAUUUGACACUGCAACAAGCAUGAAUGAUCGACUGUUGCGUCUUUGAAAUUGGAUUUCUCUAAGUUUAAUCAACAUAUUUUAUCUCUUGGAGGAUAUGAAAACGAUGCCUUUUGAACAAAAACAACAAGGACGCCUUUCAAGUUCAGGAUGCAUGGUCUACAACAACUAACUGUCUCUGUUCUUUGAAAUUUUCUCCUGGACUAUCAUUGAUAGCAGACUUUUGGUUGGUUUUCAAACCUGCCUUGAACCCUGCAUUGCCAAUUUGCCAUGAUGAAGAGUGUUGAACCCAAAGCAGACCUCCCUCCUGCAAGCUCUAGCACCAUGCUGACCUACAGUGCGUUGCCGGUCAGGAGACCCUAUCAUCAGCCCAGGGAAUCGCCCAGAAAUAUGACAGGUGUCUAUCUCUCCCAGUAUAUUCCAGAAUCAAAUCAUAAUGAUCCCUAUGGACUUCCAAGUAAUAAAUUCAAACAGCAGAGGAUUCCUCCCCUGGCCAAACAGAGAGGAUCUGUUUAUCAACCCAGAACACAGCCGGGAUAUUUGAGACAGCAGCGUAGACAGGACCUGAUGGUGAGGAGCAGAGGGGAAGCCAAAGCCUUUCAACCUUUACCUAUAAAGAGAGCCAAACCAAAAGGACCUCGUCAUGAAUACCAUGGGCCUUCACCUCACGUCAUAGGACCUAAACCUGACUUUCAUGCAGUAACAAGAAAAUCAGCCCGGAGUCGUGUCCCGGCAUCCAACGAUGGGGUGACCCAUUUUGAAGACCUUCGUUCCAACUCUAGCGGUAACAGCAGUGAUAAAGCAACUCAAGAAGCGGAGGUGAUUGAAAGCAUGUUGGACAGUAUUAGCCUCGCCUCUAAGGAGAGUGAGAAGAGUUUAGCUGGACUCGUUGAAUGCUAUAAGAAAAUUUGUAAGGGCAAUACCUCAAGUGUACAUAAUUUAAUGACAUCAAGAGUAUCACCAAGUGGAAAACAUAAAAGGAAAAAAGGUCAAAUAAACAAUGGGAAUACACCGUUACUUAUAAGGAGUUUCCGUAAUCCUCAGCAUCCUCAUGCGGUCGUGCAGUAUUCCAAUCCCAAGGAUCGCACCGCAUCACCCCAGGGUUCCGGCAGACCCCCGGUUCCUGCGCCUUACUUCUACAGCAGUAAGGGUCUGCCCCAGACGUCGGACGAAGGAGGUAACAGGGUCAAACUAUCAAGGUUACCAGUGUGCUACAUGGAAAUUGUUGUAUCCCGAAGUGGUGCUACAUCGAGAGGUCCUGACUCGGUGCUCGCCGCUCCAGGUGCAGGGUCGAUGUCAAGGUCAAAUAGUCGAACAACAGGGUCAACACGAACCAAUCACAGACCUCCUAAUGGCAUAGAAGGGACACGCCCCCCUAGCCUUCAUACCAAUGCAAAAAUUAUCGAUUCUGAUUCAGUUUAUAUGAUAAAGGAAAACUUCCAUGUACCAGCUAGCACACCUGUAGCAUCUACAGUAGAUAUGAAUAGAAUGUCUGAGAUUGACCCAACUGACCACAGGUCAACAGAUUUAAGUCAGAGACACCAGGUGGUGACGUUACCAGGCAGCCACGCCCCCGGCAGCAUCACGUCCAGUGCCGUCGGACCCACGUCCUUCCCCAACGGCACCUCCGUGGGAGGGGACAUAGAGCUAACAUCCGUAACGGGGGACAGCGUGGAGUUGGAGAGCAAGCCGGACACCCAAGGCCGCAAGGAAUCCAUCGCCGAGACGGUCACCUUCUCCAUCACCAUCUCCGUGGAGGAUGACUCUGGUCAGUUGAAGACGAUGGAUCUAGAUGAGGAGGCGGGAACACAACUAACAGGAACUGGUAAUAGUGAGGGGGAUGUGAGUGCAAGUGAAGUGGCAGAAAAACAGAAGGAGUCACAAGCCAAGAAGCAGGCAGAGCUCGAUCAGCUCCUGGAGGAGCAUCAUCAGAUUGUCUCCCAGAUCGAGGAGCUGGAGAAGAUCAAAGGGAGCACUGGAGACUCGGCAGAGGAGGAGGAGAUGGAGGCGGAGCAUUAACAUCAAGCUCCCUCUUAUGUUUGGUUGGCAUGGAGAGUGGACAAGAGAGACUGCAUUUGUUGUGUGGAGUACUGUACGUGCUUACUUGUACUUGCACCAAAGAAAUAAGAUGAAUGCUGCCAUCUGGAGGUUGUUUUGUUAUAGUCCAAGUUGGUGUACAAUGUAUUUAUGAGCAAUUUAAUCUUUAUUGAAAAUCAGUGUAAAUAAAUCUUUGUUAAUAUGUUUCCCAAUUAAACUCUGAAGUGAUGAAAGUACUAAUAAUUUGGACAUUUCUUUGUGUCAAUGAUAUUUGUAAGUUGAAUUUGAUGGUUUAUUAGAAUUACAACCUCCUCUCUCACUCUCUUUUAAUUUUCUUUGUAUUUUUGUCCCUCUGUGUCUGUCUCUUGAUCUCAUUCUGCUUCUUCUUCUUCUUCUCGCUCUCCCUUAUUUAUCUCUAUGUCUGUCUGUCUCUCAGUGUGUGUUUCUAUUUCUUUCCUUGUCUCAUUUUCUUUUGCUUUCUCUAAUUUUUUGGUAUCUAUCUAGCUAUUCCCUUCCCCUUUUAUUACAUCUUCCUUUCAUUGCCAUUCAAUAUAUUUUAUGGCAUUUAAUUUUGUUUUCUUUUUUUCCUCCCUCCCUCAUUUUUUAUUUUUAUUUUUUUGAGGGGGGGGGGGAGGAGUGGGUGACCUUGCCCUCAGAAACAAGGGUCAUUCCCAGGUCAUUGCACCCUGCCCCCUCCUGUCUGUGCUCUGUAGAAAAUGCAAGUGUGAUUAAGUGUGAUUGAACGUCAUGCUUAGCACCGAUGUACACAUGAUAUUUAACGCGCAAUCGAUUAAUGCGCAAUAACACUUAAAUCUUUGUGACCCCCCCCCCCCCUACCCAAAAUUAUAUAUGCAUACAGUUUGUUUUUUCUUAGGAUAUAAUUUCUUGUGUUUUACUGAUUGCCCUGAUCCUGUAAUCUAAAACUUUACUUAGUGCUCUUAGGGCUGAUUUUAAACAAAAAUCAAUACAAUCCAUUGUAUAAAUCAAACCAAUGGUCUUUUAAUCAUACACAUCCAUAUAUUUCAUGUGGUCUGAUCUCUGAGAUCAAUUUAUUUUCACUAUAAAAAUAUUGACAAUUCUGUAAAGAUAGUCCUGAAAUAUUCCUUAGACCAUCCAUUAUAUUACUUAUGUAGUAUGGGUAUCUUUGUAUUUAUAGUAAAACACCUUGGCAUUUAACUCGAAAUUCUGAUCAAUAAGUGUUUUCCACAAAACUUAAAUUUUCGCUAUUUUUUCUUUGUAAUACUCAUAUUUUUGUUACAACACAUAUUAUACAAUGAGGAUUAGAUUUCCUAUUAUUAUUUUUAAUGGAUCAGUGAAAGUCAGAUGGUUGGCAUUUGUUUUCUGGUGUUUUGACCUUUUCAGUAUUAAAUCAUGUUCAGAUAUUGGUUACUUUAAAAUAUACAAUAUAUUUAUUAUCAAGGGAAUAAAAGUCUCCCUUUUUUAUCAAGCAUUAUCCAUGUGCUGACUCUUUUGUUUUCUGUUAGUAUUAUGGGUCAUUGUAUUAAAAGUGAGAGAGAAGAAGAGUUCUGGUGUAGAAGUUCUGACUCCAAUCCUGCAAUAAAAUAAGAGGGUUGUGAGUUCAAAUCCCACCACGGCCUAGCAUCCUUUGGCAAGCAUCAAUCACUCUCAACCCAGGUAUUGAAUUGGUACCUGGUAGGGUGCAAAAGCCUGUGUAAUAAAGCCUAGCAAUAAGAUUGGAAACUCUGUUGAAAUGCUCCCUGGAGAAAGUCUGUAUACAUUGUGUGCGGGCAAACCAGGAUCAGAUGACUUAGGUAAUAUAUAUGUAAAGUGCUUGGAGACGUUCUUAUGUAUUAAGUGCUAUAUAAAAACAGAAUAUUAUUACUAUUAUCAUUCUUAUUUAUAAACAGCACACAAACAUACCAUGAAAAUUAAAUAUUUCAACACUUUUUAUAUUCAUCGAAAAAUUGAAUCUGUACCAUACUUUAAGAGACAAUACAAGAUGUGUGUGAGAGAUAUAACAUGUAAAUAAUAAAAUGCUUACAACUCUUGAUGUGUAUAACAUUCAAUUUAAAUACUUCUAUCAUAAUAAUGUGAUGAUAAGGUAUUUUUAAAGUAAAUGUCGACCUUCUCACUUUUUUUCCUAUAGAUAUUCUUGAUUUUUAUUAUGUAGUUCACCAAUAUUGAAUAUUGUCAUAUAUUUACAAAUAUAAGAUCAAAUGUAAUAAAAUCAGAUUGUUCCUUUAUGUGUGUGUAAUUUAUGAGGUAUCUAUCUAGAUAUUUCAUUCAUAAUUGAAAGUAUAAAACGUGAAUUUUUAAAUUUGAUCAAAAUUCUCUAAUUUGAUGUAUAUAUUAAUAGUUGAUUCAAUUCAAAAUCAUGAACUUCCAAAAUUAGGGCAUUUUUGUAUGGAAUAUGGUAUUCUUAUUUAUACAAAUAUAUUAGCAAUUGAUACUGGCAUAUGUGAGAAUAAUUAUUGUAAUCAUUGUGUGUAAUGUAUGUAUUCAACUCCCCAUUUACAGUCUUGAUACAUAAAAAAGUUUGUGGUCACAUUUAUGAUACCGGUAUAUUAAAUGUGAUUAUAUAAAGUCGAAAACCUGCAAACCUGCCACAUUGGGAUAAAGAUUCCAUAAUGUGAAUUAUAUUGACUAUUACCCUAACACUGAAAGCUUACCAGUCUAGUGACUGUUAUAUCAGUUUUAAAUCAUUGAUUCGUUGUGACAAUUUGAUCUGACAGUCAAAUCUUAUCAAGUACCCCUCUGUGUAAAAUUAUUAAUUUUAUUGAAAGCCCCUUUGGGACACUUCUCUUAUGUAUUUAUUUAUCAUAAUACAGGAAACAGUUUAUGAAGGUGUAUCCUGAAAAUGUUGUCCCCUUCCAUUCUUGACAAGUAGUUUUAUAGAACAACUAAUGAUGAUAAGCAAUUUUUUUUUAAAUUAAGACAUUUGAAUUGCAAUGUUUACCCAUCUGUAUGAGAUUUUGUAAUGGAUCUUCCAUUUUAUCAAACAAUAAAUUCAAACUUGAAUGUGACGUAUGGAAUCUCACACCUUCGCUUAAAAUAAGCAUUUUCAAUUUGCAUAUGGCAAGAGGUUAGCAUAUGAUAUCUUGAUGUUAAAAGUCAUUUUGCUGUUUUAUUGUUGUUGUUUGCUUGAUUGUUUUGAUUUUGUUAAGUACCAGUUGUUUGUGUUAUAUUCAAUUGUUUUAUUUGUUGCUUUUGUUCCAAUUAUUUUAGAUACAUGCUUUAGUUGUAAGCCUUUGAUAUCAACCAGCUAAGACAAUCCUUAUUUGAUGAAAACUGUUAAUAAAGUUCACACAAUAGACAUAAAAAUGGGGUCUUUAUGAACAUGUUCUUUUGAUAGAUGUUAAAUGGGGAAAAGUAUUUAAGAAAAUAAAUGUUAUGGUCUUUAUAGACUGGUGGUCCUUCUAUAUGGGCGCUCACUUUAAGAAGGUCUCUUCAGUUCUCUGUGGAUAUGCUUGUUAAAGAAUGGUAUUAGCAAAAGCCAGGGUAAUGCAGCAUUGUAUUAAGCACUAUAUGAACAUUGCAUAUUAUUAUCAUUAUUAUUAUUAUUAUUGUAAAUUAUAGCUUUGCAUUUAGAAGUAGGCCUAUGUAAAGUAGGUAGAACAACUGUGAGCCUGUCGUCUAAUGAUAAUGAUAUUGUUUUGGUACAGAACAUAGUGAUAGGUUAUGAAAAUGCUUUAAGUGCCAUAAGUGAAUGAAAUAAUAUUUUUAAUAUAGUAAUGUUAUUUUGUGACUAUUGAAGAUAUUCAAACAUUUUUGCAUUGUAUUUGGUACAUGUUAUACCUCUAUACAUUGAUUAUUAUAUAUUUAUACUGAAUAGAUUGUGGACAGAACAAAGUGAUGUGUUUUUAUGAAAAGUGCAAACUAUGUAAUAAAUGACUAUUUCAUAAUCAA